GAAAGGGGGGCAAGAGAGAAAAAAGCUGGAACAAUCCUGCACAGUGGUGGUGUUAGUUAUUGGAUUUCUUGCAGUUUCAUCUGUUUUAGAGGAUCGUUCAACUGGUUUAAUACUGAGGACCGACUCAUAGGAUCAACUUCUCAGGUAAGAAAAAGUUUGCUGAUUGCAGAGACAUUGUCCGUAAAUGAUUUUUAUAAACAUAUAUAUGAUUACAUGAGAUUUUAAAUAUACCAGUAAUUUUACUCGGUUCCUUUGACAAAAAGUCUGAUCAUUUUUUGAUGAUGCAUUCUGGUUAUGAUUAAGGUUAUAUACAGGCAUACCCAAAACAGUGUGUAUCACUGACCUACUUAUUCAGAAAGUAACCUUGUUUGCAGUUUUCAGCCAAAAACUGAACAUUAAACUUUGGUUUAAAUGGUCCAUAGUGCGUGUCCUCAAUGCAGAUUGGAAAGCUGCAUAUCCACAUUAUCUCCUCUGCUGGUCACCAACAUGGGAUAAGGAAUUCAAUGUAUAGAGUGUAUAGAGAAACAUCUACAAAUGCAGCAUUUUAUGUCAAAAAUAACAUCUCCCUGUGUGUGAAUAACAGUGCAAGCAGUGUGUUGUUAAGGUCAUUAUGUUAGCACGUGUUGUUGGUGUGGUUGAGUUAAUCUAUGCAUUUUGAGUCCUCCAGCACUGAAUUAUUUCUAGUAGUUGUUGGAGAGACUGCAGGGUGUUCCCAAUUGUGUUUGAUCACUUAAUCAGCAAUAUUUCCUAGUGUGAUCCUUGAAAAAUAGAAAUAAGCAUGUACAGGAAAAUACCAGACAAAAAAUUUCCAUAUUGUCAUGACAGUUUGUUCCCCAGGAAGACAGAUGUUGGAUGAUAAUUUUUCCUUACCGGUCUGACAUCUGACAUCUCAUGUGUCAUGCAGAGUGCAGCCAGAUGGUGUCCUUGACUCCUGCAAAAAUAAAAGAGGUCACCCAGUGUGAUGCUUCUUCCUAUACAUUAGACCAUAUCUCACUUUAAUGGGCCAGGAAAAGCAUGAUGCACCAAAAAUGCAAAGACAUUGAGAUAGGCUUUGCAAAAUUUCCCCCCAUUUUAACAGUGAAAGCUUUAUGUAAAAUCAAGUUGCAUGUCCUGGUAGCAUAAGUGUAUAAGCAUGUUGAAAGACAAAUUUAGGGAAACUACCCCUUUUGCUCAAUGACAUGUUUUAUUAUUAACAUGAUGCACAUACAAAAAAGGGGGAUUUUGUUAAAGCUGCUUUCUGAUAUAAUUUCAAAAGGCAUCAAGUGCUGCAUGCCUCUGGACUUAAUUAAAAAAGGGCAUGAUACAUGAGUUUUUCAGCAGUGAAAUAGGGUAUUCAAGUGUAAUCUAUUACUGCUUUAAACAAUACUAAACCAUUAAUGUGAUAAAACAUUUGUAUUAGUUAGAAGUAUAAAUGUAUAGAGCCAGACUUCUACAUUUAGACUGUUUUGUCAUAAAACAGCAAGAACAACACCAACACUGACAAAUUAUUGUCAUAAAAUUAUAAUUUGCAUAACUGUGCCUGUGAUAAAGAGUGUCCUGUCAGGCUGUAGACCAACAAAGUGAGGUCAGUCACUCCACAUUUUUAUGUACAUGUAAACAUAAAGCAAUGAAGUUUAUUACACAACGUAAUCGGACUGUAUCACAUAGUACCAUGGUUCAAAUGUUUACAGACCCAAAUUUGUAAUCAUACAUACAGCCAGAGGUCUUGAUACUUUAAAUUAAUGGAUGCCAUUACUUUGGCAAUGGCGUAAAGAUAAUCACUAUCCCCGUUGUGAUCCAGUAGAUAUCAAAAGAUGAAGGUCUUUGCCACAGGACAAAGACAACGCCUUUUUCAGACAAAGGAAACAAAAGAGCAACAAAACAGGCACUGCUGUAGAUACACAAGCUUGAAGCACACAAACAAACACUGUCACUAGCAAAUUCCCCAGCAGAGCCCAGUUGUUCUGUGCAACUCCUUUUGGGCUUCAAAACAACAGUAUACAAUCAAAAAUAUUUUUGUACACAGAAAAAGAGCUCAUCAAUUAUUCAGUAUUUUGCCUCCUGACUGUGAAAUAAUAUUUGAGGCUUAUCUGUUUCUCAUUGUAUCAUUAGCAUAAACACUUGGCAUAAACAAACACUGAUUCAAACGCUUCAUGCAGAUUUCUGCCCCGUGUCGCUCCUAUCAUACUCUGGAUUUAAAUGAUACAUUGGCUUAAACCUUUUAUUCUACAUCAUGUAAUUCUAAAUGACCUAUGUGGUGAUCAUGAUGUUGAACCCGAAGACACGAGUAGUUGUGGUGAAAUCAUCAGUUAAUUUUAGCUGAAAGGACUACUCAGCUGAAAUCACUGUUGAAAAAUAUUUUCCCCUAUGAGGCAUGACCAUCUGUGGGUGUGUUUCCAGGAUCUAAGAACCAUAAUAAUAUGCAAUAUAGGACCAGAAACCAUUGCAACAUCUUUAUAUGUCUGAUCAAUGACUGUCCCUGUUACAUAACACAAACAGCCAUGGUUCAGGUAGAUCCCAGUAUAAAUAAAAGCUGGUUUUAUCCACUGCUCUACACCUGCAGUGGGAGGUUGUGGAGGCGGAUGAGAGAGAGAGAGAGAGAGAGAGAGAGAGAGACAGAGAGAGAGAGAGAGAGAGAGAGAGAGAGAGAGAGAGAGAGAGAGAGAUUAUAAUACUGAAAUUCUGUAGUUUCAGUGUAAGGUUCUUCUCUUGAUUUUCCAAAAGACUAUGGUAUCAGGAGUAACCAGGAUUUGAAAAUAGAAGUUAAGCUCACAGCAGUUUUAUCAUAUCAAAGUAAAAACCAUGAAACAUGGCAUGGUCCUGAGUAGAAUACAAACAUUUCUCCCAACUUGAGUCCACUCUGACCAACAGGGUUUCUUUGAAAAGGGUUUGUGACAAGAUUUUAGGCUGGCAGAGCCCACAAAGCCACUCCACACUACUCCACACAUUCAAGAAACACUUAACACAUGAUAUUCUACUGUCAAUGACCACUACCAAGCUUAAUGAGACAGAUUUGAUUGUAUACAAAAAGUUUGACAACACACAAAGCUAUACAACAAUUACAGACACCAAAACUAUCCAACAAGUUAUUAAAUCAUAGAUCAAAUCACGAUCUGGAAUAAAUUGUCCCAGAUUCUUGAAUUCUUUUUAUAUCAACAUAUCGCGAUGGGCUGUAACAACAAGACUGAAACUCAUGUAAUCUAAUUAUCAGUGGCUAAUCAUCAACAUAUUGGGGAGAGUGGGGUAAGUUGAGCCAAAGGGUAAGCUGAGCCACCCCCUGUUGCUUGGAAAUAUUAAAAGAAAUUGAUCAUGUGACCAAAUAUUUAGGAGAUGGGCAUCAAUUCAUGGAGUCUGUGAAGGUUAGAAGCACAUGGGUGAAGGGGUUAGACAUUUAUUUACAAAAAAACAUUUUUCACUCUAGAAAGUGAAUUUAGUCUGUUAUAAGUUUGAUAAGAAUUGUGUUCAGACCAAAAAAGAUCAUUUUAAAUUUGUUUUAUACAUCAAUUGUGGUAUCUAUGAGCUACAACAUGAGGUCAAAAACCUAACACAAAAGUCCACCAUUUUAGCUUAGAGGACUAAUAAAGUCAUAAUAGUAGUUCUGAGGUAAGUUGAGCCAGUAGCUCAACUGAGAAAGUAAAGGAGUCUGAUGAGAGGAUCAGAGUUUCAGGACAGAUUGUUGAGAUGUGUUACUUUUUCUUUUCAAGAAUACAGCUGUGAAUGUUCUGAAUCACUUCUCAUGUUAAAAUGUCUUUUUACAAAACAGCUUUUUAACAGUUAUAUGCAAUAAUAAUAAUAAAAAAUAUUGUACCAGUUGAAUAGCGUAUAAUAGAUAAAAAUGCACAUGAAUGUGAAGAAGUGACUGUUAUUUGGGAGAGAGAACGUGAGGGAGGGCUGGGGUGGAGAGUGUGUGUGCGUGUGUGUGUGGGUAAGUUGACCAUAGGAGAAUACUUUUUUUUGGCACGCUAUAUUAUCUAGACAGUUGUGUUUACACUCAUUCUGUUGGUUUGCAGGGAUGCACAUCAUCUUGAACUAUGCAGAUACACUAGUUACAGACAAAACUAUGAUUGCCUUGAUGUAGUGAUCCCAAAUAUGAAAAAUGGCUCAACUUACCCCACUCUCCGUUACUGAUACAGACAUUGGUACAGUUUAUGUUACUUACCAACCAUGAUGAAAAUGUUGUUCCUUGUAACUUGCGCUAACUUGGCACAAGCAGUUGUAUCCAUUAUAAACCGUUACAUCUUGGCCCUGUUACAUGACAACGGCUUGUGACAGUUAAGUUGGCAAAAAGAAACGAAACUUUAUCGCGCUUUUCUCGUCCUGAUUUGCAGAUUAGUCGCCUGGCGCCGCAGGAAGGAAGAUUAGGGAGGUCAGGACAAUCAUUCGGCUAAAUUUUCAAAGUCAACUAGCUUCUUUUUCUUCUCCUUCGUGUUUCUUCGUGCUUCUUCGUGUCUUCGGCGAUUGGCGUCCAGCUUUUUGGUGCUAGUUAACUAGCUGUCAUCCGGUGUACGUUUUCAUUGGAAGUAAACCUGGCGUUACGACGACGCCGCGCUCAGGUCAGCCAAUCAGUGAUUGUUUCAGUUGGCGCGUGUGAGCUGUUCGUGCGCAUGCUCAGUCUGAAGCUGUGUGCAGAACACCUGAAAUCGGGGAAACGUCCCUCACGUUGAUUUUGUUGGACAGUGGGCACUCGUGUCGCCGGACACCGGUUGUGUAAGAACAGCGUUUUCUUUUCAGAAUGGGUCAUUAAGAACAGUUAUAUUAAGUAUUGUAUUUUACUCUUUGGUAUAUAUUAACUAAAUGAAUAACACAUUCGUAAAGUCUGACAUUGUUUAUUUCGAGUUUAUAAGUAAGCUAUCUGGAUUCAUACAGAAUCAAAUCUCGUGAAAGUCACAGAUGAACAAAGUGAAGUGUCGCGGAAUAUUUUAGUUGACAGUUACAAAUAAGGAUGUUACAUUAAUAAAACUUGAAUAUUGACUUGUGCAACGGUUUUUAUAAACAUACAGCGGUUUUCAUGGGAUUGGACGGGUAUUUGUGAGCUCCACCAAGACCAUGAUGUUAACCAGCUGGCAGUGCGUUCACCGCUCACUGACCCGACCCGGACCCAGCGCAGCUGUGAUGGUUUGUGUGAUGAUAUAAUGUCAAUCACUUCCUCAUUACGACAACUCUGUAUUUCAUAGUCUGAAUAACUCAAAAUAUACACACUUUCUCAAGCAUACUUGGACAUGUUUGAGUGUAGAUAUUAGUGCAAAAUGGGAGAUUAGCCAUAACAAUGCGAGCACCUGGGAAGUCUCCUGCAAAGGUGUCCCUAUAUGCUCUCCUCUUGUUGGUCAAUGAAGUGGGCUAAAGAAGACCUUAUAAUAUAACACACUCCUGUACACUGCCACAUCUCCAGUGAUAACAUUUAUGUACAAUCACCUGUCUGAUCAUGUUUUUUGCCCUCCAAAAGCAGAAAUUGUAGUGAAUCUGUUGUACUGCAUUGCAUUAGAUUGCCUAGAUGUACAUAAUGUUAUGGCUGGGCAGUGUAUACUGAAAAGAGUUCUAAAAUGAAGUGUCAGUCACACAGUUACUUGCUGUAAUUCAUUCUAAAGAGCAAAUUAAGAAAAAACUUUUAAAAGUAUUGGUUUAAGAGGCCAACAGAUCUCAGAUCAGGUGUUUUUCUGCCUUGUAAUUUGUUGUGUAAACUAUGCACACCUUCUCUCUGCUAUUUCAUUUUCACUUCCAACUUUGGUGUUCAGUAUGUAGUUUUUAAAGUGUCCAAAAUAUGUGAAAUAAUCCCCUCUUAUUCAAAGUUUUGGCCAGGCAAUAUGACUCAGGCCAGAUGGGCCACAGGACUGGCUAUAUGCACAAACCCUGAAAUGCUGUUCAGGCAUCAAGCAUUAAUGUCACACUAAAGUAAUGUGCAGAGAUUGAGUUUUUAUUUCUAGUUUUUUCUAAAAGUCAAUGUAAAGAUGGAUGCAUAUUCUGCACAUAGCCUCCGUUAAUUUGCACUGUAAAUGAAGAAUAUUCAGGCUCUCUCACAACAUCUUUAAGGCUCAGUUGCCUUCACAGCUCUUGUGAUAGGCCUGGACGAUAUAGAAAAAAAGCAUAUCGAUAAAAAAUAAAUCAUAUUAAUCGAUAUCGAUAAUUAUCAAUAUAAUUAUUAUAAUUAUUUAACUUAUAUUUUAAUUGCAGCCCUGGAUGUUUUAUGCUAUUGCUUAAUGACCUACUUUUAAUAAAGAACACAGAAGCACUGAAUUCAAAUUCAAACCUUUAUUCAACCACCUUUUUUAUUUUACCACAACUGAAAGUUUUUUAAAAAAGAACUAAAAAAAAAAAAGAAAUCAACUUAAGGGGCCUGAGUGACGUCAGUAAAUACUGACAAACAUAAAGACUAAAGUGACCAGAAAAUCUGAUAAAUAAAUAUUUAAAUAGUCUUUUGAUGAAAAUAAACAAAACAAACAAAUAUAUAAAUAAACAGAAUAGCUUUAGGUGGGAAUAACAUACUACCAGUUUUAACUGUGUGAGAAACUGCCCACAGCCUGGUGUCUGAACACUGAAAUAUUUCUCCCGGGGUCGGGAGAUUUAUUUUUUUUAAUUAUCAUGUGAUUGACUUGAUACGCAAACUGAGCACGAGAAGCAGGACUUAUCCACGCCGGUGUUGUGUCGUAGAAUGCACCCCUGCCGAAUGCACCCCCUGCUAGUAGCCAUGAUCCAAAUACUCGCGUCUUUGCAAAAUAUGAGCUCAUUUUCUUCCACUUUAAGAAGCUAAUGAGUGGACGGGAUGCAGGGGUGCAUUCUUCUCACCUUUUCAACCCCUGACCUAUUUUCAUGCCUGAAGCGCUGUGUUUGAGAAAUACUUGCGGCCGGGCACUUCAUAUCGCGGGUCGAGAGUGGCUAGAAGCUGGUCGAAGCAAGGCUUUUCAACGGUAGUUAUUGGCAGUAUGUCCCUCGCUAUGCAGCAUGUUACUGCAUGGGUGAUGUCCUUAUGCCGCUCGGACGCUUUGUCGUAUUUUGGCAAGAAACGAAGUCCAGUUUGGUCUGCUUCACAUGCUUUGUGCUGGUGCUGGCAGCGGUUCCAGAGGAUUCCUCCUCCGACGACGUGGAGCCGCGGCGCGGCCGACACAGCUCGUACUCCUGCGGGUGCGACCGGUUUAGAUGGUAAAACAAGUUGGUUGUGUUACCAGACUUGGUUUUUACUAAUUCUCUGCAAAUUUUGCAAACGACCGCUGUUCGCUUUUUGUCAGACUUCUAAAAACCAAAACAUUGCCAUGCUGGUGAACUACUGACAAUGUCCUCCGCUUCUCCUUGCUGUAUCAUUUUUUUCUAAUACACGUGCUGUCUGUUGUGGUUUGAUAGGGGCUGGGCUUGGUGCCGUAGCGUACCUGGGUCUGCGUUUGUGAUUGGUUGGGAGGAAGUAAUGACUGUAGCAAAAGCUACAUGAUAGGCUAUGAUGAAAAAGAAAGGGAAACUGUGUUUUUCUAUCGAACUUUUUAUCGACCCGUUUUUUUUCUAUCGCAGCACACGUCUAUGGAUCGAUAUAUAUUGUUAUCGAAUUAUCGUCCAGCACUAUCUUGUGAACCACUUUCCUACAGCACACUUCUGUUUGACGGCUUUCAAAUGCAGGUGAUGCUCUCGGAAUUGAUCAAAUGUCCCCAAAUUACCUUGCAGGCUCUUUCACUGUCCCUUUGCCUUUGAAGUUUGGAGGGAAGUUGUGGUAUCUAAAUUACAUGCAAUAGUGCAGGAUUAAGCUUACGCUGAAGCAGGAUCUAUUUCUGAAAUUCAAAAGCGGGUUUUCUGAAGCCCUGAUGGGGGUAGAGGCAGCUUACUGACCUUGAGGGUUCAUCAGCAUGUAGUUUUUCACUUGUAAUCGCAGGGGGCUUUCAAGACAGCGACUGAAGGAGAAUAUCUUUUCUGCAUGGCUACAUACGCUGUGACAUUACCCCUCGGGAUUCUCUUUGAUGGGAGAAUAGCAGACUGCACAGAUGUGUUAGUGUGAAGGUGGUGUGUAUUUUCACUUCUAUUUAAGAGUCCAUGUGUGGAUAUGUGUCAGGUAUUUAUGAGACAUAUUAAUGUGUCAGCUUCUCUGUUAGUGGAUUAGCAUGUUUGUGUAUCGACAUACAUGAAUGUAUGAGAAGCUCCUACUAAUAGCUUUGAUAGCAUGGUGUAGUUAGUUGUCUUGCUCUUCUCCUCCUUGAGAGAGCAGUGAUUUACUUUGUUAAGGUGUGACCUCAUCCCCCUAGCUCCCUGAUACCCCACCUCCCCCUCUGAGCCAGAUCAGGCUGCCCUGUUAUCACCGACACACACAAACAUAAACACACUCACACAAGGACACACAGCAGCAGCAAAGAGGACUGGGGUUGGCUUGUGAGAUUUUCUCAUUUUUAUUUCCAGAGUAUAUAUGUCUAUCUCUUGGAGUGUGUGUGUGCACAGACAAGCAGAGAGAAGGAGAGAGAGAGAGAGAGAGAGAGAGAGAGAGAGGGUGAAAUAGGGAAAGCAAAGGGGAGGGAGUGUGGAUCAUGCAUGUGCAUUAACUCAGCUCCAGCGGCACAGCAGCAGCAGCAGCAGCAAACAGAAACAGCAGCAGCACAGGAGGGAAAGGAAAAGAGAGAGAGAGAGAAAGAAAGAAAGACAGAGAGGGUGAGUUGGAGGGAGGGUAGUUGUCUCAGGCACAGGAACAAAAGCUGCAGAGGACUGCUUUCCAUCUCCACUAAAAGAACAACGGAGGAGUAAUAGCAGGAGGAGGGGUGGUCAUGGUAGUAGUGAGACAAUAACGGUGGAGAAGAGGCACACUGUAGUCAGUGAGGACUGAAACCAGGGCUCUUUUCUCUGCUCUCCAUGUUUUUGGGGAAACCACGUACCAUUGCCUUCGUCUCCAAACCCAUAGGAGGAUGUCUGUGUCGGGGAAGAAGGAAUUUGACGUGAAACAGAUCCUCAGGCUCCGCUGGCGCUGGUUCAGCCAUUCGUCCCAAGGUUCUGCUGGUGUUGGAGGUGGUGGCGGUGGCGGGGGUGGCUACAUCCAGCAGGAUGGCCUGGACCACAGAGGGACACCUGUCCAGGGCCGACUGAAGAGUCAUUCGCGGGAGAGAGGUAUUGGAGGGCUACGAAAGACCAGCAGCCCAGUUCACAGCAUCCUAGCACCUACGCCGGGGCCCACACCUGUCUAUGUCAGAGCGGGUCAUCAAUCAUGGCACCAUCAGCAGAACACCAUCCAGGGUCUCCAGGUCAACGAGGAAUCUUCAAAGAGCAGCUCCUCACCCAGCACCACGAGGAAAGAGGACACCAACACUGGCCAAGAAGAUGUGAAGAGCAGCACAGAGGAACCUGCAGAGGUGGAGGCCAGAGAGAGGUAUGGAUUAAAUCAGGUGAUGAUAUUCAGGAGACGCAGAUUUAUUAUGUGGCAAAACAUCCAACACUAUUUAUAUCACAUGCUCACUUGGUAGAAACCAGAUAACUGGGUGCUUUUGUAAACCAACAUGAUAUCCCUACUUUCAUGAUGCCAAGUAAAAUCUGCAUCUGAUUGAGAAAGUCUGACACUUCAGGCAGCAUCCCAGGAUUAAAAGUCAGAAUGUUUUGUUGGAUUUAGAAGAGAUGGGUAUGAAAGAGUAAAUGCUGGGUACUUAGCAAAGGGCAGUCACACAUAAUCUGUGUUUGACAUUUCUGAGACUUCAGACAUGCAGCAUGAAGGGAACAUCCUCAGCUUUUUAACUCCCUCUAAUAUUUCCUCUCUCGUCCUGUAUGUGGACACUUUAAUUGAGCUAAGAUGAAAUUAUCUGCACAGCUAUAAUUUUCCAAUUUACCCAGACUCGGCAGCUGCCACCAUGGCUCACCUAGGGACAGCUCACUCUCAUUGUCCACAGCAUGUUGGGCAGCAUAAACUAAUAAAGCUUCCUCUUAAUUAUUCAGGGGCCUGAGAGCAGAGGCUUUUUCCUCUCACUUGUCUGUGUCAUGGUACAUGUUACAUUCAUAGAAAGACUUCAGCAGAAUCCUCAGAGUGUAGUUUUCACACAUUACACUAAUGCACUCUUGUAUAUUUUUCAAAUAUAGACAAAGGAAAGAGCCACCACAUCAUUCGAUAAGAACUGAAACCAUAAAAAAGGGAAGCGGUGCAAUCUUAUGAAACACGUACAACUCGACCACUUUAUAAGCAGGAAUUCAUCAUUUUUAGUGGACUGAGCAAAUUAUUGAAAUGAUUUCUACCUAAUUGUUCUACACACAGAAACCAUGCUAGUUAUAGAUGUCUUCCUCUUCAGCCAUAAAUCCCUCCCCCCCUUUUCCAGGUUGUGUUUUUCUUCCCCCGUCUCCCGUGUGAUCCUACGUCUUCUUCCAGGAAGUAAACAGAAUAGAGAUGUGUGUGUAUGCAGGUGUGUGUGUGUGUGUGUGUGUGUGUGUGUGUGAUCUUUUGCCGAACACUAAAAAGCACCCCACUUCAACGAUGAAAAGACCUGUUCUCCUUUUAUCUUGUCUGUGACAUUUUAAGGUGGCUGGACGUUAAUCUUUUCUGAAUCCUGCGCACACCUUUUGUUGCCUGCACCUGCUGAUGAAAUCAACGAUGAACAAUGAGCCCUUCCCUUUGCUUUAUAAAGAGCUCCCUAUGAUUGAACAGAUGAUUUCAAAUGCACACUCGCCGUCUGCAGCCCAAACAGUGAGCCAGUGUGAAUUAAACGAAGGCUACGGGCAGUGGAUGGUCGAGCAGAACAUGAAUAAUUCUAAGUAAAAAUACAGUUUUGGAAUCAGCUCCACGUUCUGCUCUUCGUGUUGGUAUAAUUGGCAGAUGUUCAUGUUUCGGGGCUCCCUGUGUGUGAAAAGUGCAUGCAUAAAAGAUGUGCCUCACAGUGGAAAUGUGUAACUCUCCAACUCUCACGAGGACCUUGAGUUCACACCGGCCAUGUAAAAUACAGCACUGCUGUCAUAUUUUGACAAUGAUACUGAAAUAUUCAAAUAGUUCUGCUCUGUUGGAUCAUAAAACAUAUCCUUGGCUCAGCCGUAGCUGGUUGUAGUAUCAUCCAUUUAUGAACUGAUAAGCUGCAAAGGAGUCAGACUUCUGUCUUUAAAAUGGUUUCUACUCGUUUCCCAUCCCCUCAUUUUCAUGAUUACUGAAUCUGUUUGUCCUCCUCAUCCUGUGGCUUAAACAUCAAGAAAAGUGUGAUCUGACAAGAACAAUUGUCAGGAAAAUUCGGGCGCUUAGCCAAGUUUCAUUUAAGGUUUAGUGCACCAUCAAAGCACUCACUGGAUAACUGAAAGGGACUUCUUUCUGGAUAGGUUUGGACAAACCCUGCAUCUUCAGCUCUAAGAAGUUGCACAGUGAAUUAGGCCAAAGACUGUGUGACACACCAUGGCUUGCAUGUUCAUCGGCGGCUAAGCAGAUGUGUGGAUGUCACUGAGAUAUGCACAUUCAUUUACUCCACCAGCUGGGUGGCCCUAUUACGUCUCACAUCAUAAAUCCUUGACACAUAAUUUGUCACAAUCCCUCAGGCUGAAUGUAGAAAUGAGUUCUGCCGACUGUGAAAAAUACUAAAGUUUUAGCCAUUUGACUGCAGUUGGAAAAUAUGUCAUUCACUUUGUCGCUCAUGCCCCUUAGUCAUUAGUUCUGUUGAGAUGAUGUCUAUCAGAGAGACAUCCCAUCAGUUUUCUUCAUGCUGUCUUUUACUUUUAUUGCUAAUAUUUCACAUUGUUUUCAAGGGUGAAUUUCAUAAUGAAUGAAAACAGCUCAUCCUUUGUGGGUGUACUUUUUGGAAUAAAUACUACUUUUUAAAAUAUUUUCUGUAGACUUGAUGUUGCAAAAAUUUGUUUUGAUUUGUACUGUCAUGUAAAUGAAUGUAGCCUAAAUGUAAUCAUGCUGGCCACACGUGUGGAUGCUCUCACUCCUGGGGAGAUCUUCAGAAGUCUGUGACUCAUUUUUGUUGCAAUCUUCUUUUACAGUGAAGUCGUUCUGUUGGUGUUCUCCUGAAUUUAGUUAACCUUUCUCCUCUGACUGCUAGCUGCGACUGCAUACAGAGCUGCAAAGUUGUUAAAUCAAGUGUAGUGGAGUGUAUAGAGUGUAAUACCUAGUUUUUUUGACACCCUCGCUCCUGACGCUCCUAUACGUCUGUAUGUUGUAUAUUUGUUUGCCCUCCCAACUCUCAUCCAAAUAACCUCUCCCGGGGUUGGCAGGGAAUAUAUGACAGAAGUUAACCUGAAUGGAAUGGAAACCCUGACCUCUCCCACAUAUACACUAACACAAGCUUGACUCAGCUGCCGUUUAGUUUGAAUGAUAUCUCAAUUCCCUCUCCGCCGCCUUGGUGAAGAAAUACCACCACCUCUCCCGCUGUCAACAGCAGUAAUUCAAAUGUUUGUCGGAUGCCUCAUAACACCACACGGCUUAUAGGGUCUCAGUCUGUGUGACACAACCAGCGGAGGCGUCCUUAAGAUGUUGUAUAUCACAAUAUACUCUAUAUCAGCUGUAAUCUCUAAAUGAAAUACUCAGGGGUGAGGGGAUUUUGUGAUCGCUUGUAAUUGAUUUUAAAUCUACACUUACCUCUUCAAAUCAGCAUUCUGUGCACCGUGAGGCCAUGUCAGAGCUUAAGACUGAGGCUGAGUUUUCAGUGGUACUACUGUUCGAUUUCUUUGCUUUGAAAAGCAGUGAGCAGAAACUGUGUUCUGGACACAUUUUCAUUUCUGUAAAAAAGUGGGUUGUACAUUUUUACCCUACAUGGAAUGAAGAAAAAUAAUUCAAAGCCCCUGUUAGGAAUUAUCAAUAUGUCAAACUGGUCCCCAUCUGCAGAUAGAGCAGUGCCUCUGAUUUUAUGAGGGAUUUUACCCAGUUUUUUAAUUUAAAAAAAUCUCUUUGCUGUAGUAAAUGCAAACAAAGGCUGAUUAUGCAGCAUGCAGUAGUUCACUCUGACUGAAACCUACCCCUCUGCCAGACAUUUUAGACAACAAAAAUAGCUUUUUGGAAAAAAAAGUCCACCUUUAAUUGAAAUGUUCUCAUUGGCCUUUGUGGGUUAAAGAGUCAUUGGUAGUACCAUCAGUCUGUUUGGAACCAGCAUUAAACCCCUCACAGGAGCUUCAAACAGUCAUAUUCAAUAAAAAAAAAAAAAAAACCCAAAACAAAACAAACAAAACAAAAAACCCAGAGAGACAGAGAAAACUGAGAUUAUGCUGCAAAUGUGGAAGUGAAGAUUACAAUAUUCAAAAUACUCAACUGGAUCAUAUUGAAAUGAAGAUGUACUUGGAAGUACUUUAUUUAUUUAUUCAUUUAUUCAAUGUUUAUUUUUGUCGGGACGAGUAUGAACUAAGUAAACCAUUGCCACAUACUGUAGCAUUUGUAGCUCAAGCUAAUUUGCGAUGCCUGUCCCUAGCUGGACUCUUAAGAAAAGUACUGAGGAAGUACUCAUUGUGGUGAAAGAUCAAAGUGUGAAUGAACCUUUUUGAGGACAUUAUAAAUUAGAAAUACAAAGUGGAGAGAAAGUGGUGAAAUAAUUAACCCUGUUUAAGGGUUUCAUUCAUAAAUAUUAAACUAUUUCAGCUUCAGUCAAGAUUUAGAACCUAUGAUGGUUGAUAGCUUUGAGGAAAUACAUAUCUUUACCCAAGAAUACUUUUAUAUCUCAUACAGUAUAUGCAGUAUGUGCAACCCAGGACCCAGCAUUUUGAUAAUGUGGAUAAAUUUGUCUACCCAAUAACAUCAUAUGAAAAUAAAUUACAGCCCAACAAUAAUGACAGUCUUAUAUGUGUGCGGGUUAACCUGCCAUCAGCAAAGCAGUGAGGAGCUUUCUGCUAAGAUCUGCACAUUUUUCACUUACAGGACACCCCCAACCCCCAAGACACACACAAAGACAUCACACACACACACACACACAUCACACACACACAUGCAAACUAUUCAAGACCAAAUUCCUCAGCAUCAGAAUGUACAGCUCAGCAUUGCAAUCACACUCAGUCCACAGAUUCAUCUACAAAAUAUCAUCAUGGAUUAAGAUUUUAUCAUGCCAGUAAAAUUGUCCUGAGCUACACCUUUUUUGAGGCCGUCUCAUUACUGACUUUGCUUAUCAGCAUCUCUGUUUGGAUAUACAUUUAUUCCAGCUCAUUACUCCUCAAAGGUUUCAAACAGAUAUGCUGUUUUUGUGCACAAGUAAUGCCAAAUAUAUAUAUUACAAAACAACAACAACAGCAUUUGACUGUUUUUAUGUUUGCUGCAGAUUUAUGUCCUCUUGUAGUCUUAAUAUUCAAAACAGGCAUCAGUAUCCCACUCCAGGCGUUUAUUUUUAUAACCUAGACAUUGUGCUGACCUGUCUACUCUUCCACACUGCUUCUUUACAACGUGUGCGGUUUUGGUAAAAGCUGAAGGGAAAAGGUACAAGAAGGCAGUAUUUCAUUUAUACUAAGAGCUAGGGUAAUUUUCCACUGCACUCUAACAUAAAGAGCUCUCUGGUCACAUUCAGAGCAGAUUUCAAAAGAUGUGGUUCCUGUAUGCAGCUACUUUCCUCCAUCAUUAUCAAUAUUAAGCAGGUCUGUCCAGUGUAACAAAGGCAUCAGAAGAAGGAUGUGUGUUGGAAGCCUCAGUGAGAUAGGGAAAGUGUAAGGAGGAAAAAUCUAUUUCUGUUGAGAGUUAUCUUCUCAUCCUCACUGCAGGGUGGGUUCAAGUUAUUACCGUCUGUGUGUAUAUUUCUCUCCACACAAAGCUGAAUAGCAGUACACCGACUGUCAUAGUACAGGGGCAUAAAGAUCUCAUGGAAUAUAUAGACUUGGCACAUGCUGCAUGAGGCUUUGUAGGAGUUACUGGAUUCUCAAUCCAACCCGAGCUACUCAGCAGCAGCCUUCAGGGGCAAAACGGCUGUUAUAAUCCAUUUUGAAAGAGACAUUUCCCAUUUGGCCGAGGCAGGCACGACUUUCCCCCCCUUCAGAAAGGAUGGAGUUGACACUAGUUGGAAUAAGACUGAGAUUCUUAGCAACACGUCUGAGUCACAACCUUUACUGCUGAGGGCUAAUCUAGGCUGACGAAAGCACAUCUUGGAUCAUCCAACUGUUCAUCCAGGAGGGGUUGUUUUAGCAUGGGGAGAGAACUCAGACUGAAUGCAGAAACAGAUCAGAGUGAGACAGGUUACGGAUGUUUUAAAUAACCCCUCUGUAAUAUUAUUGAUUGGUGUCUUUAUAUACAUCACUAUAAAUCUCUCUGCAUUUAUAAUAGUGUGUAUAUUAUACAUUACACAGCCUUUACAGGUCUUAGGCAUAAUGGCACGGGCAAAAAACAUAUCACCUGAAUCGCAGGUUUUAUUUUGAAUAUGCAGUGUUCCUCCUUCAAUCCAAUUAGUCACAUGUGAACUGUGAUAUUCUUGUAAAGGUGUAAAUUGCAAAUGACAAGGUUCAGGUGAUGUGUGCUCUCAGAGAUAGACAUGCUGUGAAAGAAGUCAGAAUUGGAAACCCUACUUGGUUGUUUUAUAAAGGCUGGUUUACCCCCUCACUGCUUUAGGACUGCAAGUCAGCACAAUGAAACAGUUUGUAGACCACAAUAGAAAUCCAUAGGCCCUGUUAGUCUGUGUGACUCUCCUUCAAUUGCUUGGUAAUAUGCGGAGUACAGCAGUGUCCCCAAAGCUUUUUCUCUGGAGUAAGGUGUUCUGGGGCUUUAGUGCCUCAAUAAAACUGGGCUCUACCUCUGAUGAUCCAACCCACCGCUACUGAAAGCAAAAUACACACCUCAGAGAAAUUUACUGCUCCCUAGAAUGUGAUACCAAAGCAAUUAGUGUCGGAGAGAUUGGUAGGCAUGAAAAAUCCUUACAGCAGACCUUAGAGCCAAUACAAAGGCAAUGCAUCUCAGUUUUACGGCCCCAUUGCUUAUUCAGUCUUGUUUGGUGUUCCUCUCCAAGACUCCAGAGUCACCGGGGAAUUAUUGUGACAGGGCAAUAAAUUACUCUUGCAUUUAGCAUAAAGUCUCCCAAUAAAGAUUAGACUAUGGGAUAUUGUGGUGUCCAGAGAGCAAUAUAAACAAUUCCCAGAGGAAAAAUGUUGUUGUGUUGUGUAAUCAAAGAGGAGAAAGUAACACACUCUGCUGAAAACUUUGUAAUAGUGUGUUAAUCAGGACAUCAAUACAAGCCAGUGCCUCCUCCAUCCUCUGUUAUCAAUCUGAGUAGAUGCCAAUACAUUGUCCCGCCAAGCAUCUCAGGGUUUACGGUUUGGUUUUAUGGAGAAAUCUGUGAUUUUACUAGUUUAUUCAGCUGUCAUAUCAGUAAAUGAGUGGUAAUUAGUGUGGAUAUAAAGUGUUGCUUUAAAUAGCAUUGACAUUUUUGGGCACCAUCAGCCUUUACACAGGAGAAGGGCCAUAAGAUGAUUGUGGCUUCCCUCUGAGAAGCAGCUUGAGUCUGUUUAUGUAGCGUAACAAACAACCCUAAAUGUCAAUGAGUGGACUUUCUCUGUGAAGGACACAAAGUGGCUAGGCGGCAUUAUUUGCCAUGAGUCUGAGGGAUUACUUGGAUUCCUGUAAAACAGCAUGUAAUCUAGCAGCCUGUGGGGACAGGGACUCAGCCCAGACACAACAGUGCGAGGAACAGGCUUGUUCACUUGUUAAGUCCCUGUCUUUGGAAAACACACGCGCACACACAGAUAUGUGGACAUACAGGAACAGACACAAAGGCGUACACUUAUACAAACAUGAGGAGAAAAGCUGUUGCGGUGAUUGUGGUGUUUGCUCCUCUCAUUGGACUGAAGUGUGUAGUUAUCCAUUCAUGUACUGAGUUUAGUCCAUAGCAGUUUUAAUUUCAGCUUAGAAUAGCAAGAAAGAUGCCACAGCACCACGGGGAGCUGAGGGAUCUGGAGUGCCAUGUGUCUGAAAAGGCUCUUUUGUGUUUGCAAUAAUACAUCGCUUAUCUGGCUGUAUACAGCUUUUUGAUUGUAUUUAUUUAUUUAUUUCAUACUCAUGAUAAAGGAUGAAUAGAGGAAAUGGAGAGCUAUUUCUUUUAUGAGUUAAAUUACUUAGUCUCUCCAAUAUGGAGUGUAUUUGUUUUUUCACCUUGAGCUCAAUACACACGCACAGACUUGCAUAUACAUAAAUAUAUAUUUAUAUACAUAUACACACACAGACACACAUUUUUAGUGUGUUCUGUCCUUCUCAAGUGCUGUUACUGUUGUUUUGCGACUUACUUGUAGUUAUGUCCAAAACAGAUGGUGGAAAAAGAUCAUUAUAACAAAACAUGAUAUACACAUGUAUAACAUAUAAAUAUAAAUAUAUAUAUAUAUAUAUAUAUAUAUAUAAUUUUUUAAAAUUAUUAUUCUUUUUUUGGAAAGUACUGGGAGGAAUUCUUGAAAGGUUUUAAGACACAGUGAAAUGAACAGUGAUGCAUCACUUUGAUAUUGAAAAGUAAACCAGACCUCUGACUAUGCGAUUUACAAUUUAAUGUCAGCAAACAGUCACAUUCACACAUUCACAAACAAUUCCUCACAGGAGUUAUUUUAGGGUUAUUUUUGACCUACAUAGGACAGCUGAAGAGAGACAAGAAAUGCAUGGAGCAGAAAGUGGAGAAAUAUAUACAGCAAAAUGUCAUGGCCAGGGAUCAAACCAGUGAUUGUAGCCUCCAUACACAGGGUGCUUUGACUUCUAGGCCAUCAGUGCCCCUGAACAUGAAAUGUUUAUGUUAAUUCUGAAUAGACAAUACGCAAAAAAGGGCAAAAGUGCAGUUAAAAUCCCAACUGGCUAGCCCACAGCCAAACAUGGGGUUAAUGGUCUGCAGGUAUACAAUGUCAAACUGGUUUGCAGAGUAUGGACAACCAACAUUUCCAGAGUUUGUACCACCAGCCUUAGAUCCUCCUUGCAGAAAACACCCUAAUGCCCAGUGAUUGUUAUUCGUGCUCUGAUCGAUUAUCGAUACACAGCCUACACACAGCUUCAUCCGCAUCUGCUGUUUGUGCUCUUUACAUACAGGUAGUAGACCGUUAUGGCAUUAACCAUUAAACAGGGCUACAGCCAGCCAGUCAUUGCUGGCUCACAGUUUGGACACAAAAUAUGGCCAGCAUUUUGGGCCUUAGAUAAUAAAACGUAAACAAUUUGUUAAACUAACUUGCAAUUCUGGUGCCAACCAGCAAGUUUAGUCAACUGAAUGUGCAAAGCCCUAAGAAGAGCUCUGUGUGCAUUGCUAAAAAAAAAUCAUUCCAAUUCAAAUUAAAGUUUUUUAUUUUUUUUUUAAUCAAAGACAAGAAUCACAAAGUAGCCAAGGGUACACACAGAUAGGAACCAAAACUCUGUUGAUUACAUCUCUUUCCUUUUCCUCUCGCCUUGCUUGUUUUCAAACAGGUUGGCUCUGAACACUUUCACCAGAAUGAACACCAACUCCUCCGAUGAGUUCUUCCAGGCCACAAACCAUGCAGAACAGACCUUCCGCAAGAUGGAGACCUACCUCCAGCACAAGCAGCUGUGUGAUGUUCUCUUGAUAGCAGGCGACCAUAAAAUACCAGCUCACAGGUUAGUGUUUGUGCCUCUGUCCGCUUUGAUUUCUCUAAUUACACCUGUGUCAGCUUCAAUUAAGAGAUGCAGAAGCUCAUCUGGAUUCACUUCAUUACGUUUUCGAUGUGCGCAAUCAGAUGCAGCCUGGACCCCUGCUUGCACAUCGGAGAGGAUUUUGUCAUGAUUUUGUCAGGAUCUGCAUGAGGUGUAACUGAGGAGUCUUUGAAAUACAAAGGAGGGUUUGUUUGAUUCGCAGAUGGCGUUGACAUGGAGGAUGUUUAAACACUUUGUUCACUGGGUUACAUCUAAAGAACUACUGUAACCUAAUUAUACUUUUGUGCCUCCUCGUUUCUAUAGUAAAUUUGAGAUGUGAAAGAACAUACAGACCUGACACAUGGAGGAGUCGAUAUUUAGGCAUCCGACCCUCGAUAGCUGAAUCAAACAGAUCACAUGACACCACCUGAACGUUGCGGAGAGGGUUUCACUGAGCUCAUGUGUUUCUACAUCUGGAUCUGCCGAGUAAUUUCUCAGUCCAUCUAGACAGACUUAUGAAAGGGAAACCGGAAUGCCCCACAGAGAGAGAGAGAGAAAGAGAAAGAGAGAGAAUCAGUGACUGACCUAGUUGGGUAAAAUGAUCUUACUCUGACUGCCUCUUUCUGUGUGGUUUUAUAUUUUCUCAGAGGACCCCCUUUGCAGAGGUGACACAGUUUAUAGACAUAAUAAAUUUCUAUGUUCAUAGAAAUACCGGAAAUUACAGUGUAUUGAAAAUAUAGAUGGAGACUGUAUUUCUUGUUCUGGCACCUGAUUGCUACUUUCCCUCAUUAAUCACUUAAACAUGGUAUUUUAGCGAGAAUAAUGAUCUAUAAUAAUCAAAAGACUGACCAGUGUAGCUGUUAGCAACAGAUGAUUAAUCAUUUGCUGACUGGGAGGAAUGGAGCAUAAUUUUCAGUUAAUGGUAAGUCACUCUAAUGCUUAUUCAUUCUAAUUUAGCAUAGAAGUAUAAGAGCUGCAUAAAUCACAGUGGGAUACAGCACAACAUAAAAUUACUACAACACUACAUCGCGUAUAUGCCACCUCUUAUGAAGCAGAGCUGCAUGAGGGCAAGCGACACAAUGUUAUGAUUGAUUCGCCAACCACUUAACAUAAUCAGCUCGCAGUUCUUCCACAUAAACUAAUGUUUAGCAUAGAAGCAUUAAUUCCCCGCGUUUUCUUCAUGACAGACUGGUCCUGAGUGCUGUGUCCGACUACUUUGCUGCCAUGUUCACCAGCGAUGUGAGAGAGGCAAAGCAGGAGGAGAUCAAGAUGGAGGGAGUCGAUCCGGAGGCGCUCAGAUCUCUUGUUCAUUUUGCCUACACUGGUGAGUACUCAUAAAGACAUUCACUAGCUCUUGUAUGUAGUUACGAGACUUCUCAAAUCCAGCAUGGCUGAAAAAGAUCAAUAAGGCCAUCCAUCACUGGGCUGACAAACAGGGCAUGUUUAAUAUUGCUUUAUUUUACAGGACUAAUCCUCCAGCACUUCCAUAAGUGGUGUUUAUUGAGAAAAAACACUUUUACAAUAUUACAACUGUAAAAAUAGAGUGAAUUAUUCUGUUAAUUCAGCUUGCAGGUAAAUGCCAGAAAAAAAUAAGUAUUCUUCACUGUCACUCCCUGCUAAAGUUCAAUAAAAUGAUGAUGCUGGAUCUCUCCCACCUAUUUGUCUGCUUCAGUAUCUUCCUCUAAUCCUGACAUAAAAACACAUUUUCCUCGUCCUGACAUUGCAGGCGUCCUUGAGCUCAAAGAGGAGACCAUUGAGAGUUUAUUAGCGGCAGCUUGUCUCCUCCAGCUUUCACAAGUCAUCCAGGUCUGCUGCAACUUCCUGAUGAAACAGCUUCAUCCAUCCAACUGUCUGGGAAUUCGCUCCUUUGCAGACGCCCAGGGCUGCGUGGAUCUGCUCAACGUGGCUCAUAACUACACCAUGGUAGGAGGGCAAAUAGAGCAAGAACACAUUCAUAUUGCUGGGUGGGCUAAAUUAUUUAUUUUGUAAUAAGGGAUAGUGCUUGUGAAGUGACUGCUCACUGCUUAAACACACAGGGGCAGCUGCAGUAAUGGGAUUUAUUAAAAGAUGAACUGUAAUUACAACUUAAUAUGACCAUAUAUGAAAGGCAGCUUACAGUAUAGCAAAUCAUUUUAACUGUGGUCUACACACUUGAUUGAUGCACAGACAGGGCUUUAAAGCACAUAUCUGAUUUAAGUCAUCUAUACAGUUCCUUGUUUCGUGUGUUCUAGCCCUUGUUUUGUGAAUUCAUUUGGAAAAUGCAGUGUGGUAACGCCAUGGAUCGAUAGACUGUACACAACACAUGAAAAUGUAUGUGGCUGUCCUCUCAGUCCGAGGUUAGUUAAUUCAAAUAACCUGUCAUAACCUGUAAGCUGUUGGCUCCUCUGUUAUUCAUAUCAUCUAAUUCAGCGGUGAAACUUGCACAUUUGAAUAGAAAUUGAAUAGUUUCAUGCUUUCACUUUAUCUAAAUUGGUUGUGCGUCUGUCAGUGAGAAAUACUGUACCACGUUGUCGCACAUUGAUUAGUGCACUGCCAGACAUGUGGAAAUGCGUUCUCUAUAUAUAUCUGCGAGGGAUAUUUGCAUUGGAUUAAGAUUCAUGCUCAUAUCUGUCAGAUAACGUCUGGCUGGCCGCGCAGAAGUGACUGCGGGAGGCGAGCGUUAUCUCCUAAAGGACAUCUGCUCAGCCUGUUUACAUAGGCCCCGUCCAGGACCAGAAGGUUAAUCUAAUCAUCAAACUGCACAAGAGGGCCAACUUCCUGUUCAAUCACUCCAGUAAUGAGCAAUGAGAGCUGCAGGCUUCCUGGAAGUCCAUCCUCUGGCUUCUGAGCCCAGCAAGCUAUGUUUUGAUAAGCUUGUUUUUCCUGGUUGAGGGUGGAAACGAAGAUCCGCCCCUGACAUCCCUCUCCAUUCUAAGAGAGUUGGCUUUUUUAUGUUGCACCAGAUAAAAAUGUUUUAUUGUAUGGCAUGGCUGCAACUUUUUCAUCAAUAAAACAACAGCUCAGUGACAGAUCUCAUAAACCCCUACAGAAAUGGGAUAUUAUAAAUGAUACCCCCGAAAAACUAGCCAAAUAUGUCCAUUUGUCCUUUCCAGCUUCCUGUAAAGGACACAGUAAUGGAAAAGUUCUUGGAGGUAAUUCUCCCAGUCUCACUUGAAUUAAACAUCAGCAUUUGCCUCUUCAGAAAACAGUGUUAUUACACGAUUACUCUUUUGCAGUAGUUAAAUCAAUUAGUAUCCUCUCAUGCUGAUCUUGUUUUCCAAGCCAUUUACCCACCAAUGAGUUUGCCAGCAUGUGAAAAUACAUCCUUUCUAAUGGUUAUGAAACAAACUUGGUAGAGCUUUCAAUUUUGUUGUCAGCUGUUCAAGACUUGUAAUUACAAAUAAUUGGUCUCAAGCAAUGUCAAAGACUUGGAUGGAGUUUCUCUCUUAGUGUUAGCGCAGCAGAUCAAUAGAUGUCCCUCAUUUCAUUAAGGCUGUCUGCGUUAAGCUCUUAAAACCUGCUCUCAUAAUGGAUCGGACCAACACGCCGUAAUUUGCUGCAAGCUGAUGAUCAAUAGUGUGCUUGUUUUUUCGUAAUUGUUGCGCAGUGAGUGCUUGAUUUGUCAAAGUUAUUCUGGCAGCUUUAUAAUUAAGACUCAGCAGCCUUGUUCCAAAAGGAAACAGGGUGCGAUUACUGCCAAGGGUUACUCUGUGUCUUUCAUGUGUUGAAUAUAUCAUACUGCAGAGGAGGGACGGUGUUUUAUAUACCAUUAUCUCUAAUGGAAGUGCCCAGAGACAAUGUCCUUGAAGAGGUAGCCAUGCAGUGCUGUAAUACUGCCUGGGCUUCUGGCCAGUGAAUGGGAGAUCAAUCUUUAAGAAGGCAAUAGAGCACAGCUUCUACAGAACUUAGAGCUGGACACAGCUCUAGUGUGAGGAUAAUGUUGGUGUGUGGUGCAUUUGUGUUUCCAAUUACAAGGUCUGUGAAGGCUCAAUGUGUCAUAUAGGUUUGGCAGUGAAAGCCUUUAGAGCUAAUGAAGAAGCUGUCUUUUAGGAGAUCCUAUAUACCAGGGUGAUUUGUUGCUAGCAGUUGUCCCAACCCUUUUAUUGAGUUAGCUAGGUGAAAUGAUUGUAUGCUUUAAAGAAAUUAGAGUAUUUUCACUCUGGCUCCCAGUUACAAUUUGUUGUCACUCCUCUCUGAUUUGAUCAAAUCAACAGUGAUUUAUUCAUAUUUGUGUAUCAAUGUUCAUCAUUUGUAAAGGUAGGGAGUUCUAGAGAGGUAAAAUGCUUAUUCAAAGUCCUGUAUACUAACAGUGUUAACACAAUGCUGUAAAUCGUCAAAGCUGGCUACCUGUGUUCAUUUUUCUACACCUCUCUGUCAUUGUGCUCUCGGGUACCCAUGGGGGAGAAAAGCUGAAACAGUCAGUGCUGCUAUGCUAACCCCCCAGCUAAUGACUGAUGAUUAUCUGUCUCCUCUGUGCCUCCUCCGUGUUCCAGGAACACUUCCUGGAGGUCAUUCAGAACCAGGAGUUCCUGCUCCUCCCCACGGCUGAGAUUGUUAAGCUGCUCUCCAGCGAUGACAUCAACGUCCCUGACGAGGAAACCAUUUUUCAGGCUUUGAUGAUGUGGGUGCGGUAUGAUGUCCAACAUCGGCAACAGGACCUCGGGGUGCUUCUCGCCUUCAUCCGCCUGCCUCUACUUCCUCCACAGGUGAGCGAGCAAGUAAUUUAUUAGAGGUGGGGGUUGAGAAAAAAGCACGACAUGGGUCAUUUGAUAUGUUUUUAGUUGAGUUUGUAGCAGAGAGCCCAAGCUGUUAUGACUAACAGCAUUGCUACCACAAGUUUGAUUGGUGCAGUUUAAUGUAUUUAAAACACUAUAAAAAUUAGUACCAGGUUUUGCCUAUUUCUCUGUUUAAAAACAAAGAAAACAUCAAAAAGGCCAUGAUUUCUAAGUACAUGAUAUUAUAUUAUUAUUAUUAUUAUUAUUAUUAUUAUUAUUAUUAUUAUUAUUAUUUUGUUUAGACAACCAAAUUCAGUAAAUUACUUUACAGCAAAAGUAGCAACAAGUUCUUACCGUGUAUUCCUGAAACAAGCCUGUUUUCCCUCUACACUUAAAACUGACCAAAAAUGACAGGAAUAUCUUGAUGUUUACUUGUUCUUUUUAUAAGGACCAAUCGGUGUACGAUUUUAACGUAAGGUUUCAAACAUUUACAGCAAGAAAAACACCAGGUAAACCCACAAUCUUUGCACUGACCACCAGCAAUAAGCGAGCAAUAAACCAUUGCACUGUCAACACCCGUUCAGAUUGUCCACAAUUGCAGCUCUAAAGUAAGAAAGAAUCUCACUUCUUGUAUCUUUAUUUUCACUGAUACAUUACUUAAUCCAACACUUACUGUGGGCGUCCAAGUUUUACCUUUAAGUAUUCACCCAGUAAGUUGUGAAAAGCAAAUAACCCAAGAACAACCUCUUGCUCUAUUUGCCUGCAAGAAUAAAUAAAUGUUUUGAAAAUAAAAAAGUGCAAAAUUCGAUCUAGCACAAUUAUAUCACUUAUUGGCUGGAAAAAACAUGCUGUGGGGCAGUUAAUACAGUAGCUGUUUCUAAUGGGAACCAAAAACAGUAAAAAGAAAGAAGUGCAACUGACACAACAAGCAAGCAUAAUGUCAAUAUAUAUGAAAAAGUCUUCAUUCACAAAAAUAGCAGUGAUAUAUUCAAUGGAGCUGCACAAAAAUGAGCUCUCUGAGAAGGGAUGGAUUCACUUUUUAUCAAAGGUGUUAGAGUCUCCUGAUUUUAUUUCAAAGGGACUCUUGAUUAUCAUUUCAAACUAACUUUAUGUUUUCAUAAGAAUGAUGAUUUAACACUUUCUAACAAAACAGCAUGAAAGGUUAAUAUUUUGAUGAAAAAAAUGCUCUUCCUACAUCUAAAUCAGUAAUCCUGUUAAACAAGCAUAACUGUAUUUUAACUUGUUUUUGCUCUGCUUGAUUUCUUCUAGUUUAUCACUUGUGGUUACCCCUCUUGGGAAAUUAAAAUGGGAUUAUUUGCACAGCCCAAAGUGUGUCAAUGCACCCCUUAAAAUGCGAUUAAAACACUACAGAAUAGAAACUACUACUGAUUUGUUGUAGUAAUGUGAUUCCUUAUAAUUCAGCUCCUCGCAGAUCUGGAAAACAACAAGAUGUUCUCUGAUGAUUUGGAAUGCCAAAAGCUAUUGAUGGAGGCCAUGAAGUACCACCUUCUGCCUGAGAGACGCCCCAUGUUUCAGAGCCCAAGGACCAAACCUAGAAAGUCCACAGUGGGUGCACUUUACGCUGUAGGAGGGAUGGAUGCAACCAAAGGUAUAGCUAUAGGCUGUAGCUAUCAAACUGCAACACUGUGGCUGAAAUUGUAACACAAAUUGUUUGUGUGUGUGUGUGGUUUUAGGAUCUACCACCAUAGAGAAAUACGACCUGCGGACUAACACAUGGGUCCAGGUCGGAGUCAUGAACGGACGCCGGUUGCAGUUUGGUGUGGCGGUCAUAGACAACAAACUGUAUGUGGUUGGAGGGAGAGAUGGACUCAAGACAUCCAACAUGGUGGAGUGUUACAAUCCGAUCAAUAAAGUGUGGUCCACCAUGCCCCCCAUGUCAACUCACAGACACGGACUUGGUCAGUGGUUCUUUUACAGCAAACGUAGCUCCACUUUGUUCGCUGCUGCAUGAAACUGUGCUUUGAUUGGUGAGAUUCACUGAAUCAUGGCGUUCAUUAACAUACUCACACCUUAAAUCCGGCAUGUUCUUUAUCCAUAAAUCAUUGUCGUAUAUCACAAGGAAUAUUGUUUUUCAGUCAGUGUUAAAGAUUCAAAUAUUUUCAUGUCUAUGUGUAGUUAAGGCAAAUUUAUUCCAAAGUUAUUCUGUUUUCAUCGGACGUUGACGAUUAAAAAACUGUUCUUUCUACAACUUCAAAGUCAGAGGAUUAAGCUCAGCUCUGUCAGGCUACAUGGUCUUAUGAAGCAGCAGAGAUUGCAGGUUGCAGGAUACACAGGAGGGUCACAGCUGGCAUGCUGUAAAAAUCACACAUUUCUUUUUUGAGAUAGACCUUUGAUAUUUUCCCAUUCCCCUAUCAAAGUCUGGCAGGCUACUCUGGCCCUGCUCUUUCUUUACCCCUCCCUGGCCAAUAAAUCUCAUAUCAGAAGCGUUUUGAUUCACAGUUGAAACAGGUCUGGGUAACAGAACAGGGAGAUCUUGUCAAAGCAUUCAGCUCCCUCACCCGGUGUGGUCAGAGGUAUCAGAGAGCCCAGGAGAUCUCACUGUACAGAUUACCUGUGUCGACUUUCAUCUUUCCUGCAGCAAAUAUGUCUUGCUGCUUUACUUGUGGCCUGCAUAUUUUCAGUGUGAAUAUAUUUGAGCUCAGUGUCUACCAACCGCUUGCUGUGUGUAUUAUGAGUAGGAACCAGAAAAAGAAAAGCAUUUAUUUAUCCCAAAACCAGCUGUCAGAAAUGGAAGUGAGUUUGAUGUUGAGAAUGUUUUCAUUUAGUCUGAAAGUGUUUGUGUUGUUUGAGGUUCUCUGAAUGUGGUCUUGCUCUCAUUUGCCUGUAAAAUAAUUGAACUCUCACAGACGGAAAUAAGGGUGGUUGUGUAAAAAUCUAUUGUGCUUGAAGAUCCUCUGCAUAUUGCUGGCAACAGCAGACUUUUCUCUGUGACUUGGGAAUGAGGAAUAACAAUGCAGUUUUAUGGACUUCCUGUUUUUAGAAAAGAGUUGGCUGCAUGAGUCACUCUGCCCAGCUCGAAAAUGAAAAACGUACCUCUGUCAGAGUGCUCUCCAAGAACUGCACAGAGAGAAUUUAACGUAGAAAUCUAAUGUAUUUCUUCAUUCACAAACACACAUUACAUGAUGCUGAUGUUUAAUAUUGUAUAGAGGUGAACAGUGAAAGGUAAGAAAGUAGUCUUUGCCUAAGCAGCAUCAAGAAGGUAUUAAAAGUAUAGGAAGUGAUUUAGCUUUGAAAUUUGUGAGAAGGCUUAUCACUUUACAGCAGAGGUUCAAGUAUAAAGAUCUCACAGCACAUACUGCACUUUCUGCUCAUAUAAGAUAACCUAAAGAAAACACUGAAUAAAAUGAUCAUACCACAGGAAGUUGCUGCAUUAAUCUGUAAAGCUUGCAUAGCAACAGAUACCCUUGAUUUUCAUAUCUUUUCCAUAAAUGUAAAAAUGAAUUUAAAAAAAAUCCAAGAAUCAAAAAAUAUCACCUCAUGUGCCCUGUAUUUUUGUAGGUAUUGCAGUGCUGGAGGGCCCCAUGUAUGCAGUGGGAGGCCAUGAUGGCUGGAGCUAUCUCAACACAGUGGAACGCUGGGACCCACAGGCCAGACAGUGGAACUACGUGGCCAGCAUGUCGACACCGAGGAGCACCAUGGGAGUCACAGCGCUCAAUGGAAAGUAAGUUAUCUUAGCAAACCUGCAUAAGAUACCAGCUGAUGUUUAGGCUGACAUUUUGGGACUGUUUUUUUCUGUCCUGUAGAGUGUGUUUAGUCAACAUUAAAAAGAAGUUAGUGUCAUAACUUCUGGCUGAAAAAGGCACUUUGUGCUUGAAAAAGUUACGAUAUGGGUCAAAAAGUUUUCUAUAUCAAUAAGAAUUUAAAACACACUUGACCUUGGUGCAGAGUAGCAAGAGUAAUCCACCUUUCUGAAACUUUUACUCUUGUUAGAGGAAAGUUGUUUCACAACAAAAAUAACAUGACGUUACAUGUUUAUGCCAUCAAGUUGCAAACGGCACUGAGAUGAAAAGCUUGCCAAAAAUCUAUCACACUGCAGCUUGUUUGCUUUGGAAAACAGUCAGAGUAAUGUUAAUACAUAACUAGAAAUAGAGCAUGUACAAACACAGACUUGGUUAUGUAACUCAGAGCACACUGGUCCAGGAAAAGCUGAAGAGCAGUAUAAGCACAGUAAUAGUUUGACAACAUUUCACUCCUUUAAUGCAAAGUCGACAUUUGUGGUCUGCGUGAGAUAAACUCAUGUGGCUGUGCAGCAGUGUGCAGCUCACAGCCAGUGCUGCUCUUGUAAUUUAUACUGUACAAUUAAGACUCUAUAAAAGCUGCAUUUUAUGUAUUUGUAUGUACUAAAUGCCUGACAACACUAUUUGGAAAUAAGCAAAAAACAGAGCAGCUCUGCGCCUCAUUUAAAUAUAUUUGUUUGCCAAAGCAGGAGAGAAGCUGCUGCUUGGCUAGAUACAGUAUUCAGAGUUAAAGUCGAUUCUGAGUUAUUUCUGCAUCUAGGUCAAAAAUAGACAACAAGGAAACUGUUUCCCUUGCCUCUACUUUCCUGCUGUUGGGCCUGCGAGCUAGAAGCACUUAAAUCACUGAUGUGAUCUAUCUGAGAGAGAGAACUCUCAAGGAAAGAGCCUUUGAAAAGUGCUUUUCACUUCUCACUGCUGUAUCUUAUGAAAAUGUGUCAUGUUAUCAUCCCUCUGUCAACAAUUUUACAACACCUGGCAUCUGAUAUGAGCUAGUCCUGCUAGAUUCUGCAGGACUGUAAGCACAAUUUCAAUGUUUGAGAUUUUGAACCACAUUUGAUGUGAAAUCUUUCAGAUUGUUCGCAGUAGGAGGACGGGAUGGAAGCUCAUGCCUGAGGUCGAUGGAGUGUUUCGAUCCGCACACCAACAAGUGGAGCAUGUGUGCCCCCAUGGCUAAGAGGAGAGGAGGAGUGGGUGUGGCAACAUACAACAACUUCCUGUACGCUGUAGGUGGACACGACGCUCCCGCCUCCAACCACUGUUCUAGACUCUCGGAUUGUGUUGAGAGGUCAGUAAAUGCUCCUUCUCCGAAGAAAAAACUACAAACACAGAAAUGUUGCAUAAGAUAUUUGGAUUGUGGUUGAUGGAAUUCAGUCAAGGGUGGAGACGAGGCUUUUGACUUUCUUAUAAAAACAGAACAGAAACUAUCAACCCACACCCUGUUCCUGCAUUUUGAGACUUGUCUGUAUCACACUUAACCACAACACCCAAAUGGAGAGAUCAUAGUUUCCACACAUGCUUCUAUGUUGCAGUGUCUGGCGCCAUCUGGUGGCCAUGUCCAAACCUGCUUCAACAAUCUAUGAGUUGAACGGCAUCAAAAUACAAAUAAUCUGCACCAUUAUGGUUCGGUCUUACUUAUGAUAAGGAUUAUUUAGCUAUAAGAUAUAAUUAAUUAACCCAGCCUCUUAUGAUAAUAGAUGGUCAAAGCAAACAAGUGUCUUUUUGGGGCUCUCUGAUGACACAUUCUCUGGAUUUUAUAAUAUUGUGACAGUGGAAUAGACAUCUUUAGUAAAGUGAUUUAAUUUACAAAAUGCACUGUGAGUAAUGUGUUUUUAGCUUUUCGUAGAUCGUUAAAUUCUUAUGUUAGUGUAGCAGCAAUGGAAAUUCAAAGAAUUAACCUUAUCUGCCUUUAAGUCUGGUCACCCCUAUGAUUCCAGAAUCCUACAUUACAUUUUAAGAGAUUUGUAAGGGCUUACCGAUGUUUUCAAAUUCUAAAAAUGAACCAUAGGAGCGAAGCCUUUAAAAAACAGUUUGAAAGUCAAGACUUCUGUCUGAACUUCAUUGGAGCAUUAGCUGUAGGCAGGUAACCUUAUCAGACUGGCCCAUGGAAUAAUGAAAUGAAUAUCUGACAUUAAAAACAAAAAUGUUAAGAACAUACUCAGAAACCAUCUCUUGAAGGUGUGUCCUCCAGUGUCACAUUGAGUGAAUACUAAGAUAUCAAACAUAGAACUUUGUGAUGUAUUAACCAGGUAUUGCUACUGCAGUUAUGGUUACCAUUUGUAUCACAUUUAAUUCUGUUUUUUUUUUUUUUUUUGUGAUGAACAUGAAAUAUCUCAGAGCAGCGUCAAGUUUUAUCAAGUUUCAACUGGAAAUAACCAAAGCUUUGAACUGUGAAAUGACUUCAUUACCCAGAAAUCAUCCAAAGUAACUCAUAUAAUAUGUUCAUUUUUCCUCAUUGUAGCUGCCAAGAUUAUGAGAUAUAUAUUUAUGAUUAUUUAACUGCUUUUCUAACAGAUAAGUCCAUUUGUCUGUAUAGAGAGACAGAGAGGAAUCCAGCCAGUAUUUAAAGAAAAUUAGCUUUUGAGUGUCUUCUGUGCUAGGAAAGGUAGAACAGAUGUUGUUGUGGACACUGUUUUCUCCUAGUAUUAAGGCUUAACCAGAUAAACGAACAGGUUGGGCAAAAGGAAAAUAAAAGCAAAAAUUGUAAUUCCAGGUAUGACCCAAAGACGGACACAUGGACCACCGUGUCCUCCCUCAGUGUCCCCCGAGACGCCGUGGGUGUCUGCCUGCUUGGUGACAGGCUUUAUGCCGUGGGGGGUUAUGAUGGCCAGUCCUACCUGAAUACUGUUGAGUCUUAUGAUGCACAGAACAACGAAUGGACCGAGGUAAUCGCAGAAACUCGUCAAACACUGCAAAUGUUCUGAUUCUUUCUGAACAUUGAAAAACAAGACGACUGAAGAAGUUUUAACCUGUGUGAAUGUUUGAAGUUUUUCUCCAGGCCCUAUUUUAUGUUGAAUGAGGGUUUUAGAUUACCCUCUUCAGGAGUAUGAGUCUGCUGGAGCCAUGAAUACCAUCAAUAUUUCAGAAUUUCCUCGUGUUAUUUUGCAACAUGUUUUUCCGCUCUUGCCUCUGUAACCCUCUUAUCUGCAUGAAGUAAAAAUGGAUUUUUUUUUUAAACAAGCCUGAGAUGAGAGGCUGUGCAUUAACCCCUCUGUCUUCCUGCAGGAGGUCCCUCUCAACAUUGGCAGGGCAGGCGCCUGCGUGGUGGUGGUGAAAUUGCCUUGAGCGUUGUGUCUCACGACAGCGCAGGAAACAAAUGAGAGAGCGGCGAAGAAGAGUGGACUAACAAAACAACGGAUCAAGGACACAUCCUCUGAGAGUUCUGUUUUCAUUUUUUCUCCCUUAACUCAGCUCUCCAGAUUUUUCUGAGGGAAAUACAGACAGAGCCUUGCCCAUAAACCAUUGUUUCUAUCAUUAGUGGACAUGUCUGCCCACAGGGGAGGACUGCACAUUCUCCACAUUCUCAACCGAUCAAGAAUUUCCAUAAACUUGGCUAAGCCGUAACAGAGCCAAGCCUCUGUUGUACUGGUUCGUUAAACUAGUUUUAUGAAGUUUUGUGUGUGUCUGUGGCAUUAAAUAUAAAAGUUACAUUUUGAGAAAAUAAGCCUUUGGGUUAUUUUUCAUCUAUACAGAGACUUUUCUUAUCGGUGCCAUAACAUACAGUCUAUUUUGGGGUUUAUAUUUCACUUUUCAGCCACUUGAAGGAAAAUUGUCAUAAAACAAAAAUGAGACCAUGUACAAGUGUCUUUCCUGAGUGCAUGGUCUGAACACAUUCUUACUCUUUAUGAAAGAAGACCACUGACAACACUGAUGAUCAGCGAGUUUUACCAGGCUCAUUUGAAGAACCGGAAAAAUCACUUUUUGCUGAACAACAUAAUGGACGUUUCCUUGGGUUCUCUUUUUUUAAACUGAGCCUGUAGCUACAGAACACCAAAGUCAUUUGUUUGUCUUAGAAGUCUUGUUACGCAUUGAAUACAAGUUUACAAAAUUGUGAAUUACAGAAAGUAUAGUAUAUCAUAUUGAUAUUUCACAUUGCUGUACAGAUUUUUUUGUGACUUUUCUGAAACUACAUGUGUCAAUAGAAUCAUGCCUAAACCAGUGCGCUCUGGUGAAGACGGUUAUUUUUACGAUUCUGCUUUUGUUCUGGGCAUGCUGGCUGAGCUGAUGUUUUUUUGACUGAUACAUUAUCACAUAUCAAGAUCCCUGUUUGUUCUCAGUUUUUAUGGUCUGAUGCCCUCCAAGUCAUGCUGGCGAUCUGGUCUUCAUAAACAGCCUUUGGAUUGAUUGUUGACUAAAGUGUUAUUGGAUUCACCAAAACCAGGCAUCGGAGUCCAUGCUAGGAUCGAAGCAGUCUUUCACAGGUGCAGCUCUCUGAAAUCUUCACUGAUUUGACCUGAUCAAAUUUUUUAAUGUAUGGUGGGUUCUGCUCUUUAAAUUUAACACAAGGAUAACAAUUUGUAUCUGGAAAUCUAACAUGUUUUGGUGACCAAAUGUUACUUUUUAUGCUUUUAUCAUGGUUUUGUACAGCAUGCAAACCUAUAAAUAAAAUGACUUCAGUCUCCUCUGCAUGUUCAAAUCUAUGUUCAGAGCUGAAUGUGGCCCCUCAGCGGGCAGGUUUUCAUUUCACUUGUUCUGCUUUAAGUAAACUGAACCGGUUCUUUGACU